GCUUAUUACUGCGACAGGGAAUGGGCUACAAGUCCCAAGAACCCAACAGUGUUCAUGUGUCGUCAUAGCUAUGUGGUGUUGGGAAAUAUUCUUCUGGAAAAAUGAUCUAAUUGUCGGAAUCAAUACUCAACUCCUCGGAAUAAUGUCAAAAUGAUAUGGAGGAAAUAGAAGUGUUUUCAUGCAAGCCAUCCAGUACUGGAGAAAAUGUUAAACUCUUCCUGGAGGAAGAGGAGUGUUAUCCUUUUGACUGUGGUGAGGUGGUCGGAAUUGACAUCCCUGACUCUGGGCAAGAAGUACAAAGGAUUAGUGUGAUCCACAACCUUCCUGACCUUUUACGAGAUACUGAAAGCCAUGAUGAGUGUAUGCGAAGGGUUGUGCCCAAAGUGCGGGAGGUGCUGUAUGUGGCCCAGACUGAGAUGCAGCUGGCAGCUUCAUCAGCCUUUCUACAAAUUCUGCAGAAAAACCUGGUCCCCAUUCAGAACUACACACAGACAUUCCUACAGACUAUUCUCAACAGUGUGGAUGCCAGAGAUCCAGAUGUGGCCAGUGCCUGGUUAGAAACAUUACUGGAUGUUAUAGACCUACUGCCUAAAGAUAUCAUCAAAAAAGAGAUUUUGAACAUUGCCAUUGCUAAAGGCCAGCUAUCACAGGCGGUGCAUUCUCGUUUGUCCUGCUGUAAAAUCCUUGGAAAGAUUGCUACCAAGUUUGAACCAUUCGUAAUUAAAAAAGAAAUCCUGCCUGUGGUACAGUCCUUGUGUCAGGAUGUGGACUAUGAAGUCAGAGGAUGUAUGUGUCGACAACUUGAUUCUGUGGCCAGGGGGCUAGGCCUUGAACCAACAAAAAGUGCAAUAUUACCUGAACUGGUAGAACUAACAAAUGACGAGGAGGGGUUCGUAAGAACAGCUGGCCUGGAAACGGUUGUCAGCAUACUUAGCCUGUUGGACGAGGACACCUGCAAUAACACCAUCAUUCCCCUGGUGUGUAAGUUCUGUCAGCAGGCGAUGCAGAAUGAGGACAGCACCCUUCCUGUCGUUGCCAAACAACUUGGCCGCCUUGCUCACGGUCUACAAGCACAUCUGACAGACGAGCAGAAACAGUGGUUUGUGGACUAUUACAGAAAAUUAUGUAAGGUUGGCCUUUCUUCUGAACGUGCCAAAAAUACAAAGGAGGUGGAGUCUGACCAAACCAAGGUCACAGACAUGCCACAAUCAGAUGAAGACGAUCAGUGCUUAGAGUGUAGGAAAAAUGCUGCCUUUAAUUUCCCUGCGAUGUUUGUUUUUGUCGGACCCAAGCACUUCAAGGUCGACUUGCUGGGCAUUUUUUCUAGUCUCUGUAAAGACCCUAACAGCCAGGUCAGGAAGACUGUGGCUUCUGGUUUCCACGAGGUCACCAAGUUGUUAGGGUCACAAGUACAUAUAUUACAACCAGAUCUCAUCAACUUGCUCAAAGACGAUUCUAUAGAUGUGUUGCGUGGUAUUUUGACAAACAUUGUUGAUAUUUUGGAUUCGUUCCUUGGUUCAUCCUCAAGCAAUCACACACUGUCAGAAGCUAAGAUGAACAGUUUAGGGGAGGUAAUUCCAGCCAUCUUGGCGUCAGAUGAGGUGGUAUCGAGUUUUAAUAACUGGAGAUUACAGGAGGAGUUAAUGACAAGUUUGGCCAGCUUGACCCGAUGUUGCUCCAACGAGGUUCUAUACACCAAAGUUAUACCCGUGCUCUUCAAUAAACUCAAAACUGCGCGAGCGUUACCUGUACGACAUGCAUGUGCGAGGUCAUCGCUUAUCAUCAUCAGGACGCUCAAGAAACUAGAACAGAGGGAGGAACUUGUUAAUCGCCUUGUAACAGAGUUCUGCCAUGGGAGGAGCUGCCAUCAAAGAAGUUUGUUCAUAGACAUUUGUAAAUUUGUGAUAGAGCUAUAUUCUAAGACAUUUUUUAAGAAAUAUUUUUAUGAAGUUGUGUUAGAACUGCACAAGGAUCCAGUGCCUAAUAUUCGAUUACGAUUGUGUUCAUUACUUCCACCACUGAAGAAACUCAUCAAACUUCCGACAGACCGGAACCUGCUUCAGCAGCUGGACCUGUGUGUCAGGAAGUUGCUGGUCGCGGAGAAGGACAAAGAUGUUCAGAAUGCAAUCAAAGUGGCUGUUGAAGAAUUAGAUAAAAUUCAUGUUCAAAUGGAAUCGCUAUCUCGAAGGAUGCUGUUUGAACAAGACUUAGUGGACCAGAAAAAAGAGGACGAGGAAAAACUACUGAUAGAAUUAGAAGAGAAAGAACAGAAAAGGGAAGAAGAAGCAGCAGAGAAAAAGAAAGGAGAAAAACGCAAUUCUGCAACAUCUGCUGCUGCCAAAAAAGGGGAUAACGGAAGUAAAAUUCCCGGUCCAAGAAAAGGUACAAAAAAUUUAGCUGCCCCAGGGACAACAUCACCGAAUACUUCCUCUACUAAAGAUGCCCAGAACAGAUUUGGAAAAAAUAGCAUAGCGAAAUCAAAGUCGGCCAACAGUUUAUCUCAGAUACCGCGCCGAGGUAAGACCAUUUCAGAAAAUAUAGGAAAACCAGACUCACCCAAACCUAUAAGAAGCAAAAUACCAGCAGCCAAAGUCAAGACUCUGCCUAACAAUGACUCAGGGAAGAAAGAUGCUACAGUUUCUAAGUCUUUGCCUAACAAGGCCCUGCCCCGGCUGAGUCGUCUCCCCUUGUACAGCUCCCAGCCAAAUCUACAUUCCUCUCAGAGCAAGUCCCCAGUUGGUCGAGGUUCAGGCAGCAAGACAGGCUCAGGUACAAGCAAGGGAGCUGUGUCCCGUUCAGGAGCACUGCAGGCCCCCGGGAGUGCCGGAACUAGCAGUAGGGUAUCAAUGACAGGCCUAGCCUCCAGCCCCAACAACUCUGGGAGGCGGGGCUCUUUUGGAAAUGUCUCUAGUAGUGAGUCAACAUCAUUGAAAACCACAAAAGGAAGCAAUGGCACUGUUCCAAGUACAAAAGAGAAGAUAAAUAGAAAGAAAUCCAAAUGAUGUCCAUUCAGUGUGGUGACCCAAAAAACUGACCAAUGUGUAUAGACAAUAAACAUGGACUGGUUUGUCAGGCUAUCUGUUGGAGGUGGUGGUAUAACAAUACAUAGUACCAGAUGGUCAUUCUUUGGUCAACAUCAUGAACACAAGACGGCCAGUUUAUACCUACAGUUGAGUUGAUUGGUCACCAGUCUUUCAUUGAAUUGCUCUGGUCACAGUCCCAGGCCAAAACGAGAGUCUUUGGGCCAGUGUGUGUAUAUACAGAUUGUAAUUGACCGAUCUGGUCAGUUGACCUUUCUGACUGGGCUUUGGUCAGUCUAAGGAGGAAGGCAGGAAAAGUUGGUUCUAUUUCUUCAUCUGUUUAAUUUCACUGUUCACUUGUGCAAUUGCUGUUUUUCACAGAAGGCUGAGAAUGAUUUGUUCAGGGCCAGAUAUAUCAACAUUAUCAAUUUUGCAGUUGUUACUAACUCCGACAGUGACUAGCUCUCUGUUGCUAUAGUAGUUGACAGAAGUUGCCUUCAGUAGCCAAUUAAUAACCUGAUACAAUUUACACUUCGCUGACUUUACAGUAGGCAAGAAUGGCAAGGAAAGAAUCCUUGUUAAAGAGAAAAAGAAAAAAAACUACAGCUGAUUCCAAACAACAAUGUUGUACGUGUUUAUGAAACUUUUGGCAAUCAACAUAAACACAAAAUCAGCCAUCGUACCAGACAGUCAUUUCCACACAUACAGGAAUCACAUAAGUUACAGAGCCAGAUAUGGUGCUGUGUGUCUUACUUCUACAAAUAGAAAAAGCUGUGAUGGACAGAUGGAAACUUUCUCCGUGCUUGUAAAUCUUUUCCAUUCCACAUCUCUCCCCUCCAAAUGAAAACUAGAGGAAAUAUGAUACUUCUCUCUCCUGUUAUAUAACUUAGGUAUUCCUCUACAAAGAGGAUGUGAAAUGUAGUGAUGCAUUGUGGGAAACACAUAAGUGUUCUUUUCCUGUUGUGAUGUAUACGUAUGAAAUGAUGAAAAUAUGUUUGUAAGUCCACGGUAGAUUUUUUUUUUCUUUUUUCACAUCUAUCAGGGGACUAUCAAUAAGGCAGUUUUUGUUUUGUUUUGUUUUUUUAUGAGAAGGAUUCACAGUAGAUACUCAUAAUUUAUUUUUAUAGCUGAUUAACUAUAAGAUGAAACUAAGACCAAGCCAUUCCGUACACUCACCACUGCUAGAUUGCUCAUAAAUGGAUCCUGUGUGAAUUUCUUUUUAUACUUUUCAGGAGAAAUGAGGAUAUUUCCCCAAAAUUACUCUAUCAGAAAUACAACUCACAUGAAUAAACAUGUGAAUUUAUCUGAAAUUUCAGCCUAAAUUUUUAUUUAUUGAGCAGUUUUGUGAUAAUUUGUUGAUUUUUUUGGCUAUUAAUGCAAUCUUUGAUGCGCUACAGAAACCAGUAUUAUAAGUUGGUCAAAAUGAAAUGUUAAACAAAGUAAACAAAAACAUAACAAACUUACUUCUCCAGAUCUUUUCUAAUUCAUUAGAAUUGGCUGAAAAAUGUUUUGUUGACUAUAAAAGCUCUGUAUUCUUACCUGUUUAAGAUAACUUGACUGCUUUUAAACUACAAUCAUGUUAUCACAGAAACACUAGUUUGAUACAUAAGUGAUUAUUUUUUACAGAAGUGCUAUAUCAUUUGCUAUGGUUUUGUACUAAUUGGAAUCUUUCUUAGUUUCACCCAAAAUGAAGUCAUUUGUAGAAUAAUUAAAUUCUUCCCAUUUGUUUUGUUUGUAAGUUUGAUACUGUGAAUUAGUUUGUUGACAAGAUGAUAAAAGGUAUACUGUCACAAAACUGAUGGAUUGGUACGGGUUUACAUGUCCCCCCCUUCCCCCUCCAAACAUAUCACACGAGUUCCUAGGCCAAACAAUACUAGCAAUAAUAUCAUGUGUAUGUAUAGGGCCACUAUAGAGUAUGCUGUGAUUUCAUUGGCUGUUGGUUUGCACCAGUCACAGCAAACCUAGCUGUCAUUUCACCAAAACUUCAAAUUGCAAUUUGAUCAUAUCAUCCAAUAUCAUUUAUGUCCUUAUUUUUUUGUUGUUUUUCUUUUACCACAAUUUUGUUUGGUCCAUGCCUGCUCAUGUAUUUUCCUGAAUUAUUAUACAAUAAUGUAUAUAUAUCUGUCUAGUGGCCUAUAGAUUUGAGAAUAUGCAUAAUUUGUGCCUUCAUGAGAAUGAUUGUCAGUUUGUCAAUUACAAAAGUGAUGCUACUGGUACCUGUGAUUUGUUUUCUCAUACUUUCUAGAUGGUCUCUAUAAGUUAGAGAAUCUUACUUCACUUUUACCCUGUAAUCACCAACUUGUAUUCAUGGUCAUGGCUUUUGAUAUUUCCUACAAAUUUACAAAAUAUUAAAGGGUUUUUUUUAUCUGGCUUCUGAUUUCUCAAAACAUCCCCCCUUAUUAAAACCUAGUUUCUCCACUGAGAAUGGGUCCCAUUUUGUAUGGUGAAAAACAUCACCCUUUACUAUAAGAAUUGACUUUAAUUACAAACAUGAAGCUGAUCAAGAUAUUUUUUUUUUCUAAUUUCAUUUUUGUUUGUGCCUUAUACAUAAUACUUUCAGACUUUGUAAUCAUACAGAGUUCAAUUAGUAAUUCACAGAAUGUUUUUGUUUCUCCAACGAAUUUUAUGGAGAACAAAUAUUUUAUUGUGAAUGGAAAAUAAAUUAUUUGCCAAAAUUUUCCACCUGAUUAUUUGUUGCAUUUAGGUAAAAUGAGGCUCAUUUUCAUUUUGAUAUGUUCAUGUAAUUUUCGAUUUUAUAUGGAAAAUACAGCAAUAUGUUUUUUUUUUUUUAUCUUAGAAUUACCUCCCUUGGCAAGGUAUUGUUACCCUUGCAGUGCUUGAAUUUUCAAUUUUCUGUUUUAUUAUUAUGUACUUGAAUCUUCCAAUUUCAAUCAUUUUUUUCAUAAAUAAAAUACAUUUUAGUGUGUACUAUGAUAUGGACACUUAGUAAAAUUGAAUUUUAGAAGAAAAAAAAAAAAAAACCAGUGUAAUUAGUUAUAUCUUAAUCUCAACUUAAGAUAUAAUUUUGCAUUAAGUUAUCUCCCUUGAAAAAUCGCUUUACUGAUCACUAAUCUUUUUUUUUCUUUAUUGCUAUUCAGGAUCAUAAGUAGUAGUAGGUACAACACAAUACAUAUCACAUUCAGUUGGAAUCUAUUUUAUUUUGUUGUGCUGAUAGCUAAAAAAAAUAUUUUAAACAUCUUCUAAAUUUUCAUGUGCAUGCCAAAAAUCAAAGAAAAUCAAAAUAUCUCAUUAUGCUCUUGUUAUCAGAAAAAAUGUAUUGUUGAUCAUAUUAUGAGGAGUAUACCACCAUUUAUAAAAGCUUUUGUGUGGAAUUUAGUCACCAGGGGAGAUAACUAGCUCAUUUGAAAGUUCUGUUUUUUGAUAUAUUAAAUGGAUGCCAGGAUUUUUUUCAAUUCAAAAGAAAAUGAGAACUUCAUUUGUUUUCAAGGUAGAAAAUAUUGAAAUCUGAAAAUGUAUUUUAAUUUGGUUCAGAGUAAGUACAAUAAAGUUGAAGAAUGGUUAUAAAUUUGAUAUAAAUGUACAUUCAAGGCAUUCAUGUUUAAAUGGGGCCAGUUGUAUCAUCUAGAUUGUAAUUAUAUGGUCGAUACAACGGACCAAGCUGAUUCUAUUGUAAAGUAUACAACCUGUAGCUAUCAUUGUCCAUAUUUAUUGCUAUAAGAAAGUACAUUCCAUUCAAAAUGGCACUGUUGACCUGGAAUAUCAGGUAUUCUCAUUUGUUGUGUAUAGAUUGAUGAAACUUAUUUAAAAGAUUCAGGGGGUCCUGUUUUUGAACCCUGUGUUUUCCUUAAGAUAUAAGUUAUCAAAUAUAUAGUGCAUGGAUUUAGAUGCGGUGUGAAAAUGCUAAACAAUACAACUUUAUCCUACCCUUCCUUUAUAAGGAAGAUAGAUAUAUACAAUGCAAAUAUUUCUUGGAUAAAGACUGUGAGAGAUUCAGUUCCAUUUUGCAAUAUAUCAUGAAUAUAUGGUGUUGCCUGGGUAAUCUGGCUGAUUCAGACACAGAUUAGAGGUGAAAGGUCAUGAGUGAAAGUGAGGCUGAAGUGUGAAAGUUGAAAGAUCAUGUUGUGUGCAGAGGUAAAAUGCUUGAGUGAAGUUACAUUAAUCCCAUCUGAGAGUUUGAUUUGAAAGAAUUGUAAAAAAAAAAAAAAAAAAAAGUCAUCUAUAGCUUCUGAGACAAAUGAACUAUAUUCUAUGUAGGUUCACAAGCCAUGAAUAAACAAAAACUAAACAUUUAA